AUGUCGCUUCUUUGCAAGAGGAAAGGCAGGAGACUUCUUCCACAACUGUUGGAGAUGCAGAGAGAUGAUGUUGACAUCACAGCCCCCAUACAUGUUGCGUUCAAAUUCUAUUUUUGUGACGCUCAUUUCGGAAAACGAUGCAUUAGGGUUGAUGUCAAGCCCAGUGGCCAAGACCUUUGCCUUGGUGCUAUAAGACGCUCAGGAAUCCCAAGGUUUCUUCUCUCGCAGCUUGAAGUGCAGGGAAUUGCUAACGAAAAGGACGAGUUCAUACAGCUUCACCCAAUCCUCUCGUUCAUACUUCUCUCACUUCCUGCACAACUAUCCCAGGGCUCUUCGUACCCGACUGUCUUUCGCUGGCACUGCGGUCGCAAUCACCGCACACGCGUUCUCUUUGCCUACCUUGACUUCAGCAUGCCGUCUCGGUGCUACACGACCGAACAGCUUCUUGCUCUUCGUGGAAGCAGGGUCAGCGGCAAGAUCCAGGCCAUAGCACGGGCUCGGCCUGACCUGUCGCAAAUCAUUACCAUGCCCAAAGAGCGAUCAGUCAACACGGCCAGCGUGCCUGCAACGAAUACGCUUCGUCGUACCAACAAAGAUGACUCCUCCACAGAGUCUGAUGAGCUUUUGUACAAGGGCCAGCGCGACCGCCAGUUUCCGCAGGCUAAUGGCUCUUGGAAGCUGCGUGAGCGGGAUGAACCCGAGUCUGCCGCAACUUCAGAGCCAGUCCAGACUCAGCCUGCUGGAGUGCCUGUUGGGCCAUCUACUCAGCACAGCGAGGGAUUCAGACGCUUCUACAAGUCUGUUGCGUCUCCAACCCAUGUGCGAGUCACAGCUGGCGGCCGCAUAGUCCCCAACACAAGAGGCCCUCCUUCGCCCACAAUCAAAAGGCCCAAGGCCAAAUCUACUCAGGAACCGUCUGUCAUUGAUGGUAGCCCAGCUCAGUCGCACAUCAAACCAUCGCUGGGCGAGGCAGACGCGCCCUCAGGUCACAAGCCACCCAAUACGGCUCAAGUCCCCAUGUUCCCGCCCAUAUUGGCGAACUUGCCUCCUGGCUCCUUUGCUUCGUCUACUCCCGGGCCUAUGCAAUUUGUGUCGAUGCCUAUGCCAAUGAUGGGCAUCAACUUUCCCUUCGGUUCCUUUCAGUUGCCACAUGUACCUCCUGUCAAAGGUGGCGCGUUUCAGCCGGGUGUCCAACUUCCAGCCACAGCAGUAGCGGAUGGAUCCAAGGAUAAGAGUUCCAACAGCAAUGUGAGCGGCCGGCAAACGGACACCAAGGAUCCAAACAUCUCCCCGAUUGAGCAGCUUGAUCUUACCAAACCAUAUUUGCUCAAUGGCCAGAUGUUCUUCCCAGUGCCUGGUGGUGCUUUGACGCAGCCUGUUGCAAUGCCCUUCAUGUCCGGAGGUAUCAUGACUCCCGGAUUUAGUCCUAUCACUCCGGGAAUGGUCCCCACUGGCAUCCCUGUGAGUCCUGUCUUUCCAGGAAUGAGCUUUACAGGAGCACCUAGUAUUGUGCACAGAAUGACGCCUGGCACAGCUGCUCCGGCCCACCAGCAGCACCAGCAAUUGCUGCAGCAGCCGCAGGCCGCCGGCCCUAGCAGCUUCCAGCCUCCCGCUGCGCCACCCAUCUCAUCUAUUAGGCCAAGUGAUAUCAGCAAGAAACAAAUCGAGACACUUCGCGGGACUCUCAAAUACCAUGAGGAUCAACUUCAUUUCAACAAGCAUCAGGUCGACGAGAAGGAGAUGGACAAGACAAUCAAGAUGCUCAGGGCCGAGAUCAAGCGCUUUGACGAUCUUUGCCAGAAGCAACUCGUUUUCGAGGCCGAACAUUAUCCAAGUCGCGAGCAGAGCACCGACAGCACUGAAACGACAGCUCCCGCCGACUUUGGAUCUCUGACCGAGCAUCCUUCUUCAGUGACCACAUGUCUUCCUGACCAGCAGAGGGUCACCGCAGCACUGGAGAAUGCAAGACGGACCGGUGCGCUGCGCAAGAAAGAUUCAACCCGAGCCAGAUCGGCACUGAACAGUAGCAGCAGCAACAAGGCCUCGUCCUUGUUUGAUUUCGAUGAUGAAAAGGAACACCUCAGGCUCAAUGAAAUGCAAAUGCGCCCCUGUUUGCCCAGUGGUGCUGCUCUGGCGCCUCCAUUCCAACCUCGCUCUAGUUCUUGCACAGAACAACCCCGUCCGCAUUCUAGCGAGCCUAUGCCACCCAGCGGUCUCACCGAGGAGGCCCGACAACGCCUGUUGCUCAUUGGAUCGAAGGCCUGGGAUAAAUUUGAGGGCAUAAGCAGCGCACCUGCUGAACCCAAGGGAAAGGUGUCAAGGGGCAAAGCACCCAUACAGAGACCUGGUGCUGAAGCGUCGGGAUCGUCAACGCAAGAAAAGACACGCUACGAACUCCCAUAUCUCAUUGGAACAUUGCCUCCUGGGGUCGACGCUCGAACAGCCAACGCCACAGACUACCGAUACCCGCGGGAGCUGACUGAUGAUGAGCUCCGGGCUCGCUACCUGUACCUUGGCAAAGCCCCUGAGGAGGUCCGCCGAGGGCUCCCUAAAUACGACGGACGCAACUUCUACAAGCCAUUAAUUGUGAAAGGGUCGCAGGAGACAACACCUGUGGCAGCUCCCUCGGGUGCAAGCCGCUGUGGGGGCUCAGUUUCGACCGAAUCAGCCAAAUCAUACAAUAAGCCAAAUUCAUCCCGCGAUCCAUUUCAGCCGUCGACCCCUGACGAAAAGGCGCACCAGGCGCAGUUGCAAGAGAGUCCAAUCUCAGCAAGGAUUGCCAGUCUAUCACAGCCUUUCAUGAAAGUGCCUUCGGAGACGACUGAGGUUGAUCCUCGGGCUGCGCAGAGCUCGUCGUCAAACGACAAGUCAAACGAGACGCCUGAAAAGCGUUCAUUGGACAGUUCUGGUGUCCGUCUGCUUCAAUCAAUGCUCAAGCAUGGGGGCAACCAAAGCAAUGAGGCACUCCCGGGAGCGGUCACUUCGACUCACGCACAAGGCUAUGUGCCGCCUUACAGUUACUCGACGUUCUCUAUGGCUCCACCAAACAUAGGACAGGUUGUUCAGCAACACAACGGUUCGCCUCCGUCUUCGAUGCCACCAAAUGAUUCGGACCGGAACGAAAGCCUAAUCAAUGCUGCUAUCGAGAGGCACGUCGGUGAAAACCACCCUCCAGUGAGCCAUGCGUCACUCGAAGAACAGUUCCGUAGAAUUGUUUCCGCCGAGAACAGGCAGCGCGCAGCGGGAUCUCUUCCUAUGAAUGGCAGGAUGCCAGAGGAUUAG